AUGGCUUCCAAAACACCAAUCCUCCCCGAAGAGGGCAAGCGCAACAUCCUCGUCACCUCCGCCCUUCCCUACGUCAACAACAUCCCGCAUCUGGGCAACAUCAUCGGCAGUGUUCUGUCUGCUGACGUGUUUGCCCGCUACUGCAAAGCUCGAGGUCACAACACUAUCUACAUCUGUGGUUCCGACGAGUACGGUACCGCUACCGAGACAAAGGCCCUUGAAGAGGGUCUUUCGCCCGCCGACCUUUGCGCCAAGUACCACGCCCUUCACAAGGGAGUCUACGACUGGUUCCGUAUCGACUUUGACAUCUUCGGCCGAACACCCACUCAACAACAGACACAGAUUGUGCAGCAGAUAUUCAAGGAGCUCUGGAAGAACGGCUAUAUUGAGGAGCGUGAAACUACUCAGCCAUUCUGUACACAUGCUAACCACGGCAAAUUCCUCGCGGACCGUUUCGUUGAGGGAGAGUGCAGCAUCUGCCACGACCUUGGUGCUCGUGGCGAUCAAUGCGAUGCUUGCGGCGGACUUCUUGAUCCUUUUGAGCCUGAGCGUGAGCCUAGUGCUUCAGAGGACGAUCAUGUCGAGGCCAAGGCCACUGGUUUCCUCAUCAACCCCCGUUGUAAGGUCGACGGCGCUACCCCUGAGAAGCGAAAGACCAAGCACCUUUUUCUCCGACUCGACGCCGUUAAGGAUCUCCUCGUGCCCUGGUUCCACAAGAGUAGCAAGGAGGGAGACUGGAGCGCCAACUGUGUCUCUAUCACCCAGUCAUGGAUCGAUAAGGGUCUCCUGCCCCGUGGCAUCACCCGAGAUCUUAAGUGGGGAGUUCCUAUUCCUCAGGACCUCGAGGGUUUGAGUAACGAGGAGUACGCCGAGAAGGUCUUUUAUGUCUGGUUCGAUGCUUGCAUUGGAUACGUUUCCAUUACCAAGAACCUGGUGGACGGUGACAAUUUGGACGGAACAAACUGGGAGAAGUGGUGGAAGAACCCAGAGAACGUCAAGCUCUAUCAGUUCAUGGGCAAGGACAACGUUCCAUUCCACACCAUCAUCUUUCCUGCUUCCCAGCUCGGAACAGGAGAGAACUGGACCAAGGUUCACAAGAUGUCAACAACCGAAUAUCUCAACUACGAAGGCGGCAAGUUCAGCAAGUCGCGCGGCGUCGGUGUUUUCGGUAACACUGCCAAGGAAACUGGCGUUGAUCCCGAUGUUUGGCGAUACUAUCUUCUGUCAAGACGACCCGAAACUGCCGACUCUGAAUUCAAGUGGCAGGAGUUCAUUGACUGCAACAACAACGACCUUCUCAAGAACCUUGGUAACUUGAAUCAGCGAAUCCUCAAGUUCGCACAGGCCAAGAUGGAUGGUAUUGUGCCAGACUACACCAAGUAUACAGACGAACGCCUAGAAGAGCACAAGAAGGAGGUCAACGAGGCCCUCAAGACCUUCAUCUCCCAGUUCGAUGCCAUCAAACUUCGUGCUGGUCUUGCCUCUGUUAUGCACAUCUCGGCCCUUGGCAACAAGCUUUUGCAAGAUAGCAAGCUGAACAACCAGCUUCUGGUCGACGAGCCCGACCGCUGCGCUGCUGUCAUCGGUCUUGGUAUCAACCACUUACAAUUGCUGGCUAGCAUUGUGUACCCAUACAUGCCUUCGACUUCUGAGGCAAUCCUUGAGCAGAUUGGCAGCCCUGGCCUUGUAUCGAUUCCCGAGACGUGGUCUGGCGAUCUGAUCAAGCCUGGCCAAAAGAUUGGCGAGCCCAAGCUCCUCUUCACACAGAUUCCUGCAUCCAAGCUCGAUGAAUGGCGGGAGGCCUUCGGGGGUGAGGAGAUCCGAAAACAAAAGGCGCUCGAGGCCGAAAAGGCCGCGGCUAAGAAGGCUGCCAAGGAGAAGAAGAAGCAGCAGAAACUCGCCCUCCGUCAAGCUGAGAAGGCCGGCGAGGCUGCAACUGAACAAAAGUCUACCGAGGAGAAGAAACCUGUCGAGGCUACUGCUGUUGAUCUGCUUCCCGACAACAAGCCCUCUGAGACAUAG